AAUUUUUUUUGUCAUUCCGCCUCUGCCUCUCUCGCUCGGUCUCUCUCACUCUCAACCUCCUCUCCCCAAAUCCGCCGCCAACUUCUUCCAGAUUUCUCUGUCGCUCUCUCUCAGCCGCUCUCUAGCUCUCCCAUAUUUGCAAAACCUGGUUGUAUGACCUUCUGUUUAACUCUAAGCUCUCUCUCCCUCUAUCUCUCGUUGUUCUAGCUCUGAAAUACAGCCCUAGAAAAUAGUGCUGUAUAAUCGAAGGGCCCUAUGAGGUUGGAGAAAUGCUGGUUCUGUUCCUCCACCGUGUAUCCUGGACAUGGGAUUCAGUUCGUUCGUAAUGAUGCAAAGAUUUUUCGAUUUUGUAGAUCCAAAUGCCACAAGAACUUUAAAAUGAAGAGGAAUCCUCGCAAGGUAAAAUGGACUAAGGCCUAUAGGCGGUUGCGUGGGAAGGAUAUGACACAGGACUCGACCUUUGAGUUUGAGAGAAAGCGAAAUAGGCCUGAGAGAUAUGACAGGAAUCUUACAGCAAACACUCUGAAGGCCAUUAAGAAGAUCGAUAAAGUUAGAGUUGAUAGGGAGGCCAGACACCAUGAGAAGAGGAUGAAGGGCAAGAAGGCCAAGGAGCACAGGGAGGCAGCAAAAGAGUUGGAACAGAGCAUCAGCUUGGUCAAAGCUCCAAGUGUGCUACAACAAGAUCCAUCGUUCAACUUACCGAUCAAGGUCAAGGUUUCUCAACAGCAGCCCGACAAAAGCCUCGCCAUGAUGGAGGAGUAAUUUUAUUGUUGGAUGUUCGUUUUCUAUGUUUCAUUAUUUUAGUGUGCUUCAGAUUGUUGUAUUCGAGCUUUUUUCCCAAAGUUUCAUUAACUGUAAUUUUGACUUAUAUUGGAGACAUCAUGAACUUUAUAGAUUUAUGUUUAACAAGUGAUUGUGGAAAAAAGAGAUUGCGACGGCAUCUUUUUGGAAAUAUAAAAUUUAUCAUGGCAA